UCAGCCUUACCGAAAGCACAAACAAAGACUUUGAAGAGGUGUAGUGAAGAAUUUGCAGUCUUGCAAAAAGUAAACAACAACGUCAUAAUUUUUUUCUUGGGGGUUUUAGGUUUGAAGAAAUUUAAUCACGAUGGCUCAGACUGUGGGAAGAAAUAUAGCGGCUCCAUUGUUGUUCCUCAACAUGAUUAUGUAUCUUAUCGUUCUCGGGUUUGCUAGCUGGUGUCUUAACAGGUUCAUUAAUGGCCAAACUAAUCACCCCAGUUUUGGAGGAAAUGGUGCAACAAUGUUCUUUCUGAUAUUUUCUAUAUCGGCCGCCGUUAUUGGGGUAACUUCAAAGCUGGUGGGAGCCUACCACAUCAGAGCCUGGAGAAGUGACAGUCUCGCUUCGGCAGGAUCGUCUUCUUUAGUGGCAUGGGCCUUGACUGCACUAGCUUUUGGGUUGGCUUGCAAGGAGAUAGACAUAGGAGGGCACAGGGGGUGGAGACUGAAGGUGCUGGAGGCAUUUAUCAUAAUCCUAACAUUCACUCAACUUCUGUAUCUCGUAUUGCUUCAUGCUGGCUUGUUUAGCAGCAGAUAUGGACCAGGUUACAGAGACACCGACUAUGGCGUGGGGACGGGGGGUGUGGAUCCAGCAGGGCACAAGGGAGGCGGUGCAGUGGCUGGCUCUAGGGUUUGAAUUCAGAAUGAAAUGUAGGAGUUGAUGGUUUUAAGUAUCAUCAUCUGCAUUAUCCAAAACAGUUAUUGGUAGCUGAUAUUAAUGUUUCUUUGUGUUUUUAUUUUUAUUCUACUUGUGGCGUCUGUAAGUAGUGUUGCUACUUUGGCUAUUGUUUGUAUUACUGGAAUCCUGUUGUAUCAUCCGUAAUUUCAACAGACUUUUUGCUGUCUUUGUUUA